AUGGCUGGUGAAUUUACAGCACCGGGUUCACGAGCAGUGGAGAUUGUAGUUCGUCGCAGUCAUAUUGUUGAAGAUGGAUUUCGGCAGCUUAAUUCUCUUGGUUCAAGGUUGAAGUCAUCCAUUCAUGUUUCAUUUGUUAGUGAAUGCGGCCUUCCAGAGGCUGGUUUGGACUAUGGUGGACUAUCUAAAGAGUUUCUAACGGAUAUAUCAAAAUCGGCCUUUUCCCCAGGAGUAAGUUUGUCCUGGUAUGGGCUAUUCUCGCAAACCUCAACUUCAGAGAGACUUCUAAUCCCCAAUCCAACAGCAAAAUAUCUAGAGAAUGGUAUCCAGAUGAUUGAAUUUCUCGGGAGAGUUGUUGGGAAAGCUCUAUAUGAAGGGAUAUUACUAGAUUACUCUUUUUCACAUGUUUUUGUUCAAAAGCUGUUAGGCCGAUAUAGCUUUCUUGAUGAACUAUCAACGCUUGAUCCAGAGCUGUACAGGAAUCUCUUGUACGUGAAGAUAUCGUCUGAUCAAGCUCGCUUCUUUAACUGCCAUGCCUCAUUUCUUGGAAUAUCUAGUGAAAAAGUUUGGUUUCUCCAUUUUUAUUUGGUUGGAAAGGGAGUUGGAGCAUUUGAGAGGCCAGUAGAGGGUAAUGAUGUUGCCACUUGGUCACUCCAGCUAAUAGAGUCUCUUAACAUGUUACUGCAGCAUUAUGAUGGUGAUGUGAAGGACCUCUCUCUAGACUUCACUGUUACUGAAGAAUCAUAUGGUAAACGGCAUGUUGUUGAGCUUAAACCUGGUGGCAAGGAUGUUUGUGUGUCAAAUGAAAACAAGAUGCAUUACGUUCAUGCAAUGGCAGAUUAUAAACUAAAUCGACAGAUAUUGCCCUUUUCAAAUGCAUUUUAUAGAGGACUAGCAGAUCUUAUAUCACCAUCUUGGUUAAAGUUAUUCAAUGCUAGUGAAUUCAAUCAGUUACUUUCAGGUGGCGACCUUGACAUUGAUAUUGAUGAUUUAAGAAGUUGCACACGAUAUACGGGUGGCUAUUCUGAGGGAGUCGAACAAUUAAACUUUUUUGGGAGGUAUGGCCCCAUAGUGGAAGUUAUUAAAGGAUUUGAACCAAAUGAGCGUUGUAUGCUGCUUAAAUUUGUGACCAGCUGUUCUCGAGCUCCAUUGCUUGGUUUCAAACACUUGCAGCCAUCCUUUACAAUCCACAAGGUCUCAUGUGAUGCCUCUCUUUGGGCAACAAUUGGAGGACAAGAUGUGGAGCGGCUUCCAUCAGCUUCUACAUGCUACAAUACUCUAAAGCUUCCAACAUACAAACGUGCAAGCACUUUGAAAGCAAAACUUCUUUAUGCAAUCAAUUCUAAUACUGGAUUUGAACUUUCUUAA